UUUCUCGCCUGCCAUGCACCAUCCCCACGCUCCAUAUCCAUCUUGUCCUGGUCCUUGUGAUGUGAUGAUGUGCAGAUGUCGGUCCACCAGCACCCUCCCAUCCACGCCUCCUCUCUCUCAUGUGCACCGCUUUGCCUUCUCCUCCGCUCACAAGAGAGGGAUUUCCCAUUUUUUUAUGCACUCCCAGUAGAUUUAUCGGAUGAAAACACUGAGGGAACGCUUUCCUAAGAGGACACUUUGCUGGAAUUUGGCGACCAAAGAGGAGAGUCAUAUUUUACGCACCGAACAAUUGGCGUAUGCAAAUCACAUGCAUGCAUUGUGGUUUUUUUUUGUCGCUGUGGAGCAAAAGAGGCAUUUUUCUAUCAAGAUGAACUAAUCCGGAUGUGUUAAGUUUGAUGUAAAAAAAGAGUGGUGGGGUGGGGGGGUUGACUCCAACACAUAAGCGCAAGCAAGGCAACAUCAGUGGAUCUGCUCAUCUGCAGGCUAGAGGCACUAAAAGCAGGCUCCUGGAGAAAUGAAAAGUGUGUUGUUCCGCUCCUGAGGACUCAACUGUUGCAAGAGGUUGCUAUCAAUAAACCUCCACAUGGAUUGAACUCAGCAGACUAGCAAACAUUGUCACUGAGCCAUGUUACUCCACAAGAGGACUCCAUCUUUCACUCCUUGUAUGUUCAUCUCAAUCCUGCUGCUCCUGCUCCCGGGAGUCACCCACGUGUCCCAAGGCAGUUCCAGCCAUGAAGGUCCUGGCAGCCCACCAAGGAACUGCACCAGUGAAGAUAACUGCUCUGACGGAGUGGUGCUUCCCAUGUGGAAUCCCCAGAACCCUGUGGUGGGUGACAAGGUGGCACGGGCCAUUGUUUACUUUGCAGCGCUAAUAUACAUGUUCCUGGGCAUGUCCAUCAUUGCGGACCGCUUCAUGUCCUCCAUUGAGGUCAUCACAUCCCAGGAAAAAGAGAUCACCAUCAAGAAGCCCAACGGAGAGACAACAACCACGACGGUGCGUAUUUGGAACGAGACCGUGUCCAACCUGACCUUAAUGGCUUUAGGCUCCUCAGCCCCUGAAAUCCUGUUGUCUGUCAUUGAGGUGGUCGGUCAUAAUUUUGAAUCUGGAGCACUCGGACCGAGUACCAUCGUGGGCAGUGCCGCGUUCAACAUGUUCAUCAUCAUAGCGCUCUGUGUCUAUGUGGUGCCAGAAAAUGAGACUCGCAAGAUAAAGCACCUGAGGGUGUUUUUUGUCACUGCCGCCUGGAGCAUCUUUGCCUACAUCUGGCUGUACCUCAUUCUGUCUGUCUUCUCCCCUGGGGAGGUGGAGGUUUGGGAGGCAGUCCUCACCUUCCUCUUCUUCCCACUCUGUGUGCUGCAAGCUUGGAUCGCAGAUCGCCGCCUGCUCUUCUACAAGUACGUCAACAGACGCUACCGCACCGACAAGAAUCGCGGCAUUAUCAUCGAAUCGGAGGGGGACGCCAUGUUCACCAAAAUGGACUUGGAGAUGGACGGCCAGGGGGUCAACUCCCACACGCACCCCAAGGAGGCUCUGGAUGGUAUGCUGGAGGGGGUGGAGGAAGGCGGAGGGACGAGUGCGGAACAAGACCAGGAGGAGGAAGCCAGGAGGGAGAUGGCUCGCACCCUGAAAGAAUUGAAGCAGAGGCAUCCAGAGAAGGACAUGGAGCAGCUGAUUGAGAUGGCCAACUACCAAGUUCUGGUGCAGCAACAGAAGAGCCGGGCCUUCUACCGCAUCCAGGCCACACGCAUGAUGAUUGGAGCUGGAAACAUCCUGAAAAAGCACGCUGCCGACCAAGCCAGGAAGGUGGUGAGCUGCCACGAGGCCAGUGGACAAGAAGAGGAUCCGAACACCAUCUACCUGCAGUUUGACCCCUCCCAUUACCAGUGCUUUGAAAACUGUGGCUCCUUAAAGCUCUCAGUGAGCCGCCAUGGAGGAGAGAGUGGCUGUACAGUGAAGGUGGACUACCGCACAGAAGAUGGGACUGCCAACGCUGGCUCGGACUACGAGUUUGCUGAGGGCACUUUGGUCUUCAAGCCUGGCGAGACCACAAAAGAGUUCACCGUCGGCGUCAUCGACGACGACAUUUUCGAAGAGGACGAGCACUUCUACGUGCGCCUCAGCAACCCCCGAAUAGUGCACCGAGCUGAGGUGUCCAUCCUGGAGCCGCGCUCCAUCUCCUCCAGCAACAGCAUGGUAGGCAUCUCCUCCCACAUCCCGCCCAAAGCCGCCCUCGGCAGCGCUCACACCGCCACCGUGACCAUCUAUGACGACGACCACGCCGGCAUCUUUACCUUCGAGAGCAAGUCCACCAGGGUCAGCGAGAGCAUCGGCAACAUGCAGCUCAAGGUUCACCGGACGUCCGGAGCGAGGGGGAAGGUCGCGGUGCCUUACCACACCGUCGAGGGAACCGCCAAGGCCGGGGAGGACUACGAGGAAGUGUCUGGCAAGCUGGAGUUUCAGAACGACGAGACCAUGAAGCUGCUGAACGUGAAGAUCAUCGACGAUGAGGAGUACGAGAAGAACAAGACCUUCACCAUUAUUUUGGAGGAGCCCGUUCUGCUGGAAGUGGGACAGAGACACGGAGACACCAACGACAACAAGGCGCCGAUUGGGCCCGAGGAUGUGGCGAAGAUGGGCUGCCCGUGUCUGGGAGAGCAUACCAGCCUGGAGGUGGUCAUUGAGGAGUCUUAUGAGUUUAAGAGCACGGUUGACAAGCUGAUUAAAAAGACCAACCUGGCUCUGGUGGUGGGGAGCAGCAGCUGGAGAGAACAGUUUGUUAGUGCCGUCACUGUCAGUGCAGGUGACGACGACGAGGAAGAGAGCGGCGAGGAGCGUUUGCCCUCCUGCUUUGACUACAUCAUGCACUUCCUGACCGUUUUCUGGAAAGUGCUAUUUGCUUUCGUCCCACCCACUGAGUACUGGAACGGCUGGGCCUGCUUCUUCGUCUCCAUCUCCUUAAUUGGCAUCCUGACAGCGGUGACCGGGGACCUGGCCUCUCAUUUCGGGUGCACCGUUGGGCUGAAGGACUCGGUCACCGCCGUGGUGUUCGUGGCCCUGGGCACGUCCGUCCCAGACACAUUUGCAAGUAAAGUGGCCGCCAUCCAGGACCAAUACGCUGAUGCAUCAAUCGGCAACGUGACGGGCAGCAACGCGGUCAACGUCUUCCUGGGCAUCGGGGUGGCGUGGACCAUCGCCGCCGUAUACUGGAAAACCAAAGGCAAGAUGUUCAAGGUGAACCCGGGCUCUCUGGCCUUCUCCGUCACCCUCUUCACCAUCAUGGCGCUGGUGUGCGUGCUGGUGCUGCUCUACCGCCGCCGACCCAGCGUUUCGGCCGGAGAGCUCGGGGGCCCACGGACAGCCAAGCUCCUUACAUUCUUCCUUUUCCUGUCCCUGUGGUUCAUUUACAUCCUGCUGGCCUCCUUGGAGGCCUACUGCCACGUGCCUGGCUUCUGAAGGCCCACACGCAGCCCCUCGCUUUGUGUUGACACUUCGAUGGAUGUGUUUCUCUGUUUUUUUUGUCCCUACUUUCACAAAUGUUUACAACUAUUUGUACCAUCACUUAUCCUAAACAGACAUUUGCUGCCAACAAUGAUGCAAAAUUACAUUUCUCUUCUAUUUUUCCAUUUCUUUUAGCAGAAUUUAGCUCAAAUAUCCAAGCGUAUUGCUCCCCUCUGUGUAUGUUAUUUACGUUUGUACAUUUUUAUGAUAUGACUUUAUAUAAAAUGUAAAAUUAAAAGCAGAGCCUAUAAAAGGAAUGAUGUCGGGGGUUGAAGGGGGAACAUACAGAGGUGUGGAAAAAGUGUUUGUACCCUUCCUGAUUUUCUUAAAUGUUUCGUAUCAUCAAACAAAUUUAAAUAUUGGUCAGUGACAACACAACUGAACAAUUUAUGCAGUCUUUAAAUCAAACUUUUUUAUUUUGAAGGGAGAACAAAAAUCCAAACCUACAUGGCCCUGUGUGAAAAAGUGAUUCCCCGUCUGUUAAAACAUAAUUUAACUAAGAUUCAAUGAGAACUAUCAGUGUGGAAAAGGUUAUAAAGCCAUUUCUAAAGCUUUGGGACUCCAGCCAACCACAGUGAGAGCCAUUAUCCACAAAUGGCGAAAACAUGGAACAGUGGUGAACCUUCCCAGGAAUGGCCAGCCAACCAAAAUGACCCCAGUGGCGCAGUGACGACUCAUCCAAGAGGUCACAAAAGACCCCACAACAACAUCCAAAGAACUGCAGGCCUCACUUGCCUCAGUUAAGGUCAGUGUUCAUGACUCCACCAUAAGAAAGACACUGGGCAAAAACGGCCUGCAUGGCAGAGUUCCAAGACCAAAACCACUGCUGAACAAAAAGAACAUUAAGGCUCGUCUCAAUUUUGCCAGAAAACAUCUUGAUGAUCCCCAAGACCUUUGGGAAAAUACUCUGUGGUCUGACGAGACAAAAGCUGAACCUUUUGGAAGGUGUGUGUCCCAUUACAUCUGGCGUAAAAGUAACACCACAUUUCAGAAAAAGAACAUCAUACCAGCAGUAAAAUAUGGUGGUGGUAGUGUGAUGGUCUGGGGCUGUUUUGCUGCUUCAGGACCUGGAAGACUUGCUGUGAUAAAUGAACCAUGAAUUGUGCUGAAGGAGAAUGUCCGGCCAUCUGUUGGUGACCUCAAGCUGAAACCAACUUGGGUUCUGCAGCAGGACAAUGAUCCAAAACACACCAGCAAGUCCACCUCUGAAUGGCUGAAGAAAAACCAAAUGAAGACUUUGGAGUGGCCUAGUCCAAGUCCUGACCUGAAUCCUAUUGCGAUGCUGUGGCAUGACCUUAAAAAGGCUCUUCAUGCUGGAAAAGCCUCCAAUGUGGCUGAAUGACAACAAUUUUGCAAAGAUGAGUGGGCCAAAAUUCCUCCCCAGCGCUGUAAGAGACUCAUUGCAAGUUAUCACAAACGCUUGAUUGCAGUUGUUGCUGCUAAGGGGGGCCCAACCACUUAUUAGGUUUAGGGGACAAUCACUUUUUCACACAGGGACAUGUAGCUUUGGAUUUUUUUCUCCCUUAAUAAUAAAAAGUUUCAUUUCACAACUGCAUUUUGUGUUCAGUUGUGUUGUCAUUGACUAAUGUUUCAAUUUUUUUGAUGAUCUGAAACAUUUAAGUGUGACAAACAUGCAAAAAAAAAAGAAAUCAGGAAGGGGGCAAACACUUUUUCACACCACCGUACAUGGAUUGAUAUUUAUUACACAGGCUUUACAUUAAAUAUUCAUAGUAUAUCAUGUGACAGAUGAACAUCGUGUGUACGGGUUUUGUGAAAGAGUUGGUGUGUUUUUUUUUUUUCUUUUGCACGCAGAAAAAGAGUUUCUUGGAAAUCUACUUUAAAGUACAGUAUGUAACAUUUGGACAAUGGUGUGUUGAUGUGCUCCUGUAAUGUGAAUCUCAGCAGUAAUCUCGCAACGCUCUUCACCAGUGCCAUGUUUGAUAUAGCCAUAGUUCACGUGUAUUUUCUAACUACAAAUAUGAACAAAGGUCCCCCGUGGGCAGAGUGCCUGCUUUAAAUUGUGUUUACAAUUUAAGGGUGUUUACAUUUGAGUGACUUAUCAUACUUUCCAUCAAUAUUCCAGACGUUCAGUGACACGUUUUCUUUCCUACCUUUCGCAACCGUCACCACUUUCAGAAAUAAAAAAGCACAGUCGAAAGCAAAGGCCCACUUUUGCGACGAGUAAAAGCACAACAAGUGAAGUGGUCGUCUGAGAGACGUGAGGCGUGUCCAAGCAGAAUAGAAACUGUACCUACCUGAGUGUUAUGUCAAAGGUUCUUUUCUUUAUUUAAUUUGUAAAGCCAUAUUUACAAGAAUACUGUCAAUAGAAGUGUUCAAUUUCAACAUAUUGAUAUGCAUGCUUAAUGUAUAAAAAAAGGAAAUAAAUGUUGGUGAUUUAUGAAAA